AUGCCUAUCACCUACUACUCUCUCAUCUUGAUCUAUUUAUUUUACUUAUGUAUCACUUCUGUCGCUCUUUAUCUCUUCUCUUAUUUGCUGUUCUCUCUCUCUCUCUCUCUCACACACUUUGCUUCCAUCUUAAUUACGUCUCUUUUUUUUAUAUUAGUCUCUCUCUUACCUUUUUCUCCGUUUAUAUUUGUCCGUUUCUUUUCUACGUCUUUCUUUUACUUCUGUCUGUUUAUCCUGGCCUCAUUCUUAUCUCACCCACUCUCUCUCUCUGAUUUUACCUUUGUCUCUCUCUUCUCUUUGCUUUUCUCUUAUUUGCUUCUUUCUUUUUUUCUUUCUUUCUUUCUCUUUCUUACUUAUUUCUGUCUCUUUCACAUCCAUCUCUAUACUACUUCUAUCUUUCUCUCUCUCUCUCUCUAUCUUACAUUUGUCUCCCUCUUACCCUUUUCUCCUUUCAUAAUUGUCUGUUUCUUUUCUACGUCUUUCUUUUACUUCUGUCUGUCUGUUAUCCUGGCCUCAUUCUUAUCUCACCCACUCUCUCUCUCUGAUCUUACCUUUAUCUCUCUCUUCUCUUUGCUUUUCUUUCUUUCUUUCUUUCUUUCUUUCUUUCUUUCUUUCUUUCUUUCUUUCUUUCUUUCUGACUACUUUCUGUCUCCUUCACACCCGUCUCUAUACUACUUCUAUCUUUCUAUCUCUCUCUCUCUCUCUCUCUUACUUUUGUCUCACUUCUGUUUCUCUCUUACAUUUUUCUCCCUCUUAACUUUGCCUUGCUCUUGUCCGUCUCUCUCUUUCUCUUAUCCUUACCUCUCUCGUUUAUAA